AUGUGGUUGAAAGCUCGCAGAAGCGAAUUCUCUGGCAGAAAAAUGGGAAAUUUCGAGGAUUUGAAUUCAUUCUUCAUUUUUGGACUUGAGAGCUCGGAAAUUGGCAAUUCUUCGAGGGAUUUUCGGAGAGAGCUUUGGGUUGUGUAUAAAACUGCACAAAUUUGUAGAAUUCUGAGCCUGUUUCAGGGCGCACGAGUGUUAUCGCAGGUUACCAAUUACCAUGUCAUUGCUAAAUUAUCUACUGAUCAAAGUGGACUGCAGCGUUGUAAGGUUUCUUUAGUAAAUGCUAAAGGAGAAAGCAUAGCUAAGGAAGCGAAGAUUGUAGGUGUUGAUCCAGCAUAUGAUCUGGCUGUUCUCAAGGUUGAUGUUGAAGGUGAUGAAGUAAAACCAAUCUCUGUUGGUGCCUCCCGUGGCUUACGUGUAGGUCAAAGUUGCUUCGCCAUUGGAAAUCCCUAUGGAUUUGAAAACACUCUGACAACUGGGGUAAUACUUAUCUACAGCAGGGAAAUACCUGCACCAAAUGGAGCCGCCAUUAAAGGAGCUAUUCAAACAGAUGCUGCUAUUAAUGCUGGGAAUUCAGGUGGACCGUUGAUUGAUUCAUCUGGUCAUGUAAUUGGUGUAAAUACAGCAACCUUCACCCGCAGAGGCUCGGGUAUGUCGUCAGGGGUUAACUUUGCCAUACCAAUUGACACGGUUGUACGAACAAUACCUUACCUGAUCGUUUAUGGAACAACAUACAAAGACAGAUAUUGA